AAUCUAUCGGAAUCUCCAGCUCCAAAAGCUUAUAAAGCUACCUAUCUAACCAGCUUAAGAGUGAGCUUAUUGUAAAUUGUGAAAGAUUAGUGUAUUAAGCUAGCUAGGUACAUGGCCAGUACUGUUUCUUUUGUUCUUCUUCUUCUUCUUCUUUCAUCAUGCCUUGUUUGCUGCCUGAAGAAUGGCUAUGCUUUUGAAGAAAAAGAUGGACAUCAUCAUAAUCAUUCAUACGCCAUACAACCCACCUCUCUUUUGCAGUCACCUGUUUGCGAUCCUUCCACCAAAGCCAAUGAAAGGACGUCGUCUCUGAAAGUAGUACACAGGCACGGCCCAUGUUUUGAUCACAAUGGAGAUGAAGCAAAUUACUCUCCAUCUCACGCUGAGAUUCUCCAACACGACCAAGCCCGAGUUAACUCAAUUCAUUCAAAAGUCUCUUUCAGGAAGUCACGCCAAGUUGACAGAAAGAAAGCAAGCGAUGGCACCACAAUCCCAGCAAAGGAUGGUUCCUCAAUGGGAACUGGCAAUUACAUUGUCACCAUUGGCCUCGGCACUCCAAAGAAAUUUCUGUCGCUGAUUUUUGACACGGGUAGCGACCUUACUUGGACCCAAUGCAAGCCUUGCGUCAAACAUUGUUAUUCUCAGGACGACCCAAUAUACGACUCUACUGCCUCCAAAACAUAUACCAAUGUUUCUUGCUCAUCAGCUAUGUGCGGUGAGCUCGUGUCUGCCACAGGCAAUUCUCUCGAUUGUGCAUCUUCAACAUGUGUCUAUGGAAUCGGAUACGGAGACAGUUCAUUCUCCGUUGGAUUUUUCAGCACGGAUACACUUACCAUAACCUCUACAGAUGUUUUCAAGAACUUCUACUUCGGUUGCGGCCAAAACAACCGUGGCCUAUUCGGCAGGACAGCCGGUUUGCUUGGUCUUGGCCGGAACCCAAUCUCUUUAGUCUCCCAAACUGCCACAAAAUACAAAAAAUUAUUCUCUUACUGCCUGCCUUCGUCAGCCAGCUCAACAGGCCACCUCACUUUCGGAAAUUCCGAUGCCAGCCUCUCGAAAGCAGUAAAAUUCACCCCACUCUCCGCUCUCACUGAGGGCACAUCUUUUUACGGCCUCGACAUGGUUGGACUCAGCGUUGGUGGUAAAAAUCUAUCCAUUCCCGAGUCAAUUUUUUCAAACGGUGCAAUCAUCGACUCAGGCACCGUCAUAACUCGCCUUCCACCGGCCGCCUACUCCUCCUUGCGCUCAACGUUCCGUAAAUUGAUGGCUGCUUAUCCAAGAGCUCCCGCUCUAUCGUUGCUCGACACGUGCUACGAUUUCACUGAUUAUAGUUCUGUCGAUGUGCCCACGAUUAGCUUCUUUUUCAAAGGUGAUGUUGAGGUGAGCAUUGACGUGACAGGAAUUCUGUAUGUGAACAGUCUGUCGCAGGUGUGUUUGGCAGUGGCCGGCAAUAGUGAUGCACGCGAGGUAGCCAUAUUUGCGAACACUCAGCAGAAGACUAUCGAAGUGGUGUAUGAUAGCGCUAGAGGAAGAGUUGGGUUUGCUCCAAUGGGCUGCAGCUAGAAAUUCAGAGUUAUAAAAGCAAUAAGUGCAGUGCUACCUGCACUAAAAAGUAUCUAAUGGCGCAUGUGAAUAAUAAUAUGUUAUUUUA